UUUGGCUGCUGUAAUGUGUACCUUCCAUACUUUGGUGAUCACUGACCAGACAGUUGAGUUAGUGGUAAGAUGCUUUAUUUCCUUCCUCUGCACUGAUGCGAGUAGACUCCAUUAUUCACAAUUCAGCUUUCCUUUUAGUUGAGAUAAAWGUUACUCUUUGUUUACCUGUUGCCAGGUGCGGAAAGGGGGCGUGGCCUGAAGCAGGAGAAGGCACUAGGGGAGGAGUGGAGCAGCUGUGGGGGCGUGGCYGGGGAAACAGCCUUAAAUGACCUGGAGGAGGCCGAUGCCACCAGCCCUAGGAGAACCUCUGAGCCCGCAGACGUCGGAGGUCAGAAGCUGGACAGUCUGCUGAAAGAGGAAGCUCUCCACAACACUGAACUACAGGAGAGAUGGGGCGUCUGCCUGGACGGGGCCAACGGUUCAGACGUCUCGGGGAGUUUCAGUGAGCAGGAGCUGCAGCAGUGCCAGGAUGACUGGGGGUCUGGUCUAGACCAGGAUCCUGAACCAUCGGGUCCCGAGGGAGACUCAGGGGACCCCAGCCAACCUCUCUACCGCUCCCGCUACAGCAUGGAGGAACUGGAGGUCGGCUUUGAGAAGUCUGGUUACGGUGGUAGUGGUGGUGSMGGCCAUCUUGUAGACAUGGAAGGGCUGGAUAGGCUUCCUGGUUCUCCGUCUCGUCUGGGAGGGUUGAGCUACGGAGCUGCGGGUCACUACCMGGUGAACCUGGGGGGGUCUGAGGGGGGAGACCAUCACCAUCGCUCCCACAUGCCUGUUCCCCAUCGGAGCCGGAGGGAGCAGGUGGGGUCGCCAACACCACCCCCCCACCCGGAGGUGGGAGACCUGAACUGCCUGUUGAUCAACGAGGAGGGGUACCCUGAACACGGUGUUCCGGACUUGGGUAGUAGAGCCGGCCACCGGGUGCUAACCUCCAUUCACUCUGGAAGCUCAGCCCACAACAACACAGAGAGCCUGUAUGGUGCUGCUGACGACUUUGGACGCUCUUUAAACCUCAGAGAUCAUUCACAAGAGCAGGUAACAGGAGGGGGGAGGCGUCAUGCCUGCAAUCAAUGUACAAUGACCUUCCCAGAMUCUGGUUCCCUCAAGGCCCACAAGCAGAAACACAAAACUGGGAGAUGGUCGAAUUCAGGGUCUGGGACUCUGUACUCCCGCACCCAGUGCGGUAAGACCUUCACCCAGGCCUGCAACCUCAAGGUCCACCAAGCCGAGGGACGCCACCUCUGCAGCCAGUGUGGCAAGGGCUUCACCACCUCCUCYGACCUGAAGAGGCACACAUGCAGCCAGACGACAGACAAGCCCUACUGCUGCUCCCUCUGCGGGAACAAGUUCAGUCGGCUCUGGAAUCUCAAGCUGCACCGGCGCAUUCACACACAGGAGAAACCCCACCGCUGCACCAUGUGUGACAAGAGCUUCACACGGGCAGACAUUUUGAAAGUGCACAAGCGCACCCACACUGGGGAGAGACCGUACUGCUGCUCUGUGUGUGGACUCCGCUUCAAACAACUGAACCAUCUGAAGUCACACCAGCACAAACACAGGCCGGAUCUCCUGAGCCGAGUGGUGGUCUAGAAAACGUUUUUUUGUUCAGUUUUAAUUUGACAUUGAGAACAAUUUUUGGGGUAAUCAAUUGUUUUUUAAUAAGGACAUUGAUAAUCAAACUGUGUUAAAUAAGAAUGUAUGCCUUAAAUUAUAGACUAUGAAUUGUCUGUCAUAAUGACCAUGUCAACCUAACAAACAUUUGAAUAUAGUGCAUUCAUGUGCUUAUGGGAUGGUGUAAGUCUGCCGUGAUUGUGUUCAAUUGCUUUUGAUGUCAGACCAAUAAAAAGCUUGCUUACCAUUGA